GUACUCGAUGUAUAGUUAAAAAAUGGGAGGGCACACUUGAACCGAGCUCUUCUAUGAAGGUAGGCUGCAGCGUGUGUUUAUUGAUGAGAUGAAAAGAAGAUGGAAGUGAGAAAUGAAACAAAGUAAAGGAACAUACUGAGAAAGAAGAAAAGCAAAGUAAAGACGCUUCGUCGGGGGGAAAAACAGGGAAACACUGUCGCCACUUUUUUUUGAACGAGCUUCGAAGUGCAGCAGAGGAACACAUGAUUUGGACAGAGAAGACUGACAGCCUUGCCUAGCACCAGGCCACUGAUCAGCCAUCUCCACCAGCAAAUUGACCCGCUCUUCAUCACCAGCCUCACAAGCAUUUUCAUAAAAAAACAAAAAACAAAACAAAACAAAAAACCAUCAUCUAACUGUGACAUCAGUUGCAAGGGGAUGACCGAGCGCAUUCAUAACAUCAAUCUCCACAACUUCAGCAAUUCUGUACUUGAGACACUCAAUGAGCAGCGAAACCGCGGGCACUUCUGUGACGUGACCGUUCGGAUCCAUGGAAGCAUGCUGCGAGCUCACCGGUGCGUGCUGGCCGCUGGAAGCCCGUUCUUUCAGGACAAGCUGCUCUUGGGCUACAGCGACAUCGAGAUCCCCUCUGUGGUCUCAGUGCAAUCCAUCCAGAAGCUGAUUGACUUUAUGUACAGUGGAAUUCUGCGGGUUUCUCAGUCAGAAGCGCUGCAGAUCCUCACCGCUGCCAGCAUUCUGCAGAUCAAGACCGUCAUCGAUGAGUGCACCCGCAUCGUGUCCCAGAAUGUGGGCCUGGCUGGUCCAGGGGGGUUCCCUGUGAUACCAGGAGAUUCUGGCCAGGAGACACCCCGUGGCACACCAGAGUCUGGCACCUCCGGACCCAGCAGUGAUGCAGAGUCAGGCUAUAUGCAAGUAACAUCACAGCAAAGUGUAGAUCGUACAUACACAUCCCUGUACUCCUACCCCGGCCUGUCUCUGCAGAAUGGCACCCGAGAGCGGUCCCUUUAUGUUAACCCCCUGUCAGCAAAUUAUGAUCCAAGCAAUCAGAAGGACCAGCAAUCUCAAGAUCCGCCAUGGAUAAACCGCAUCCAGGAACGGUCCCAGCAGGUGGAACGCUUCAUGUCCAACGCAGAGUCCACUCACUGCCGCAAGCAACCACGACCGGUACGCAUCCAAACAGGAGGGAUGCACAUAAAGCAGGAGGCGGAAGACGAGUACACCUGCUACGACAUGGGGGACUGCCAAGAUGACACUGACCACAACGAGGGCGUGGAGGGCGAAUCCAAGGUUGAAAACUUUGACUCAGGGGUCAGCUCCUCCAUCAGCACAGAGACGGAUACCAUGGAGCAGCAGCCGUACCUGACAAGCUUCAGUCGAGACGUGGUUGGGGAAGGGCAGCAAGGCAUCGAAGGAGUUCCAGUGCAGAUAGAGGUCAGCGACUCGUCCCCAGAGCGGAUGCAUAAGACGGAGGACGGGGACACUUCCCACAGCACUAGUGACAGUAGCAUGAUGCAGCCCCUGCCAAACUCAGUCAAACUCAGUCCCAUGUCCCAGUACAUGCGCCAGAUAGAAUCACACACCAGCAAUCUGAGGAUGCCGAUCACCGUGCCCAGCAAUUCCCAAGUGAUGGGCACCGCCGGAAGCACCUUCCUGCCCACACUCUUCCCAACGCAGACGUCUAGAGACCACAAGCCUUUCCUUUACCUUCCUGGCCAGCAGCAGCCCCAGUUCGUGGCAGUGCCGCCGCCCGCAAUGCCAUCAUUCCCGAACCCCAUGUCGGUACCGCAGGCUCCAUCUCAGCAGCAGCAGGCUGCAGGAGGGAUCGGUCCGGGUGAAAAGAAACCCUAUGAAUGCACUCUCUGCAGUAAGACCUUUACUGCCAAACAGAAUUACGUCAAACACAUGUUUGUUCAUACUGGUGAGAAGCCUCAUCAGUGCAGCAUCUGCUGGCGCUCGUUCUCCCUGAAGGAUUACUUAAUUAAACAUAUGGUGACACACACAGGGGUGCGCGCCUACCAGUGCAGCAUCUGCAACAAGCGCUUCACCCAGAAGAGCUCGCUGAACGUCCACAUGCGGCUGCACCGUGGAGAGAAGUCCUACGAGUGCUACAUCUGCAAGAAGAAGUUCUCACACAAGACCCUGCUGGAGCGCCACAUGGCCCUGCACAGCAACGCCAGCGCCAUCACGGGGCUGUCUGUGAGUGUGGGCACCCCGGGCCCGGUCUCCAUCCCGAUGCCGAUAGCCGUCCCCGAGCCCGGAGCCGGAGUUGUGGCCCUCGCCAUGCCAGUGAGCGGCGGCGCCGGAGUAGGGGCCGGGGUUGGAACGGGAGUGGGUGUAGCUGCUGAAGCAAGCUGCCAAGAAGGGACCACCUACGUGUGCUCCGUCUGCCCUGCCAAGUUCGACCAAAUGGAGCUCUUCAAUGACCACAUGCGAAUGCAUGUCUCCGAUGGAUAAGUACAAAUUAAAAGAAAAAGAAAAAAAAAAGAAACUUAUUUCUGAAAGAAUGACAAAUACAAUGGCACUAGAUUUUCCUUUUCUUAUUCUGAGGUAUGAAGAGUAAUGAGUAUAGACACUGGCACAUUAAGUUUCCCCAAAAAAAAGUUUUCUUUUUUUUUUUUUUUUUUCUUCCUCUUAUUCUAAAAGAAAAAAAGAUGGUGGCCUUAAGGCUCAGUGGUUUGAUAUUGAUCUACUGGAUGGAUCCAAACUACGGGCCUCUAAAUGUAUGCUUUCCUAAAAUACUGAUUUAUGUGUUGAACACUACCGAAAGGCCUACGAAAGAAACACAUACACACAAACACACCUUUAGUCUAGAUAUGUCUGAAUGACUUUAAAUGAGCAAAUAUGUUUGAAUGUUUGUGAUUUUUGCAUAUAAGUUUGUCUCUUUAUUUGUCCAAGUGCGUGCGUGUCUGCGUGGGUGUGCGUGUGUGUGUGUGUGUGUGUGUAUAUUGCUAUGACACAUGAAUCAUGGCAGUUGUGAAUCCAUAUUGACCAGUUUGGAAACAUAGAUGUCCAAGCUUACUGUGGUAUAAUUUUAAACAACGAUAACAAUAAAAGACAAAAAACUGAAGAAAAAAAAAACCUGGGGUUGGGCUACAUAUUCCCUCUAAAAAUACUGAUAGUCACAAGAUUGCCUUCUUAUAUCAAAUAAAAAAGGAGAGUACUUAAUUUGACACUGGGUUUUAUUUAUUCCUGUUAUAUUAAGGGAUUAUAAUGCAGCUGUUGUCAAGGUACCAAUUUUAAUUAUUUUACUUAAUUGUAACUUCCCGUCCAAAGCGAGGGGGAAAGUGAUUAUUUCUCACCUGUUUUAUGAUUAUUGUCCAUGAAUUUUGACGGUCAAGAUAACGUUUACUAAAUUUUUGUGUGCUGAUGAGACAGUAUUUGAGCAAAAAUAUGUUUCCUCUUUUUUUUUUUUUUUUCCUGGAGUUUAGAGUUUAUCUCAUUUGCAUACACUGCCUUUUUAAUAUCCUAAGACUGUUAAGGCUACUCAGAUUUCUUCCACUGCAAAACAUACGAAAAAAUGGAAGAGUCUUCUGCUGAUGGUUGUGUGCGUGUUUUUUAGCCUUUUUCACAGUUAAGGCAGGCUGGAAUAUGGGACUAAACUCUCUCCUUCAUAAUUGCUGCUCCUCAACCUGCACCCGACUGUUAUGGGAUAUAGAUUUAGAGGAAAAAAAAAAGAUUUGUCACUUCAACUAUUGUUGUUAUUGAGUAGCCUGUUUGGUUUUAAUCUCAUAAUUGAAUUACAGUUUCGCGGGGAGGGUGUCGGCCGUUUGCUGAUUGGAUCGGUGAUGUGAAAGAUGGCGCAAAUUAAUUUUGAGUCGGACUAAAAAGCAAAAUAAUUGCCGCCCUGAACCUAGAACGCCUGUGUAACCUGUUCAUUACGAUUGCGGAGCUAUUUCAGCAGGUGGGAGCUGAGUGCAUUACUCUUCAUGCAUUCUCCCUCUCCCUCUCUUUCUCUCUCUCUCUCUCGCGCUCUUUUUCUCGCUCGUCGAAGGCUCAAAUGGCAUGCAACGUUCUGAAAGGAAAUACAGUCUGAAAGCAAAACAAGUAGCUCCCAUCAAUCGAUAGCACGCUGUUUCAUGAUAUACCACAAGCUGCAGAUGGACUGUGUGGAAAAACAACAUACAUUCCCAAUUUUCUCCAACACCAAGACACAGCAUGUGUAGAGUAGAUGUGAAAGCUUGUGUGUUCGUGUCGUCUCAUUCAUGCAUUGCGCUACUUAAGGUUUAUUACAGAUAUUUUUUAAUUCUUUUAUAUUGAUUUUAUAUCCAAAAUAGGUCUCUCUCUCUCACACACGCACACACAUGUUUAUACAUACACACACUCACACACACAGACAAACACAUGCACACGUGCAACUGCCUGCAACUGCAACCUGAAGGGUUUGCUUCUUUAAAAGCAAGCAAACACUUUCGGUAGUUGUACGAUAAAGCGAGUAACUAACUGCAUUCAGGGAAGUCUUCAAAAGACCUCCUGUCAGUUCAGAAAAAAAGUGCUACUUUGCACAUUUUCUUAAAAUGCCUGUGCUUAAUAUGUAAUCGUUUUCCUUAAAUGAACUUUCUUUUAUUCAAUUUCAAAGGAAAAAAAAUCUUUUUUUUUUUUAUCUUGAUAAGUGGACUGCAUUAUUUUCUUGCAUAUAUGUUGCACUGCUUAAACCAAUAAGUGCACUACUGUUAACAGAGAUAUAGUUUUAGAAAAGAGAUUUUUUUUUCUUUUCUUUUUUUUUUUUUAAGAGUUCACAUGAAUAGCGGUGUUUCGACUUUUUUUCAUUUAGUAAACUUCUCAAUUCUCUGCUUUUGUUAUGGCUUGCUGUUACCUUCAGUAUAUUCUCGUGCCGUGUUAUUGCAAGCAUUUAUUUUAUUUAACCAUUGUGUGUGCUCAUCUAUGUUUAAACCUUUGAAAAUAUUCUAUCGUGUCAGUUCCCUAUAAGAGUUUAUUUGAUUUAUUUGAUUUUUUUUUUUUUUUUUUUUUUUUAGAAACAGUGCAGAAAUUUUCUGUGAGAACAUCCAAGCCAAACAUCAUUAACAGUGAAACAACAACAGUAAUAAUAAAGAACCUCCCGUCCAAGUCUGUUGGUCGGAAGUAAUGUUAUAUUAUUAAUAAUAGAUUUAUAAUAUGUGUGUAUGUGUGUAAAUGACAUGCGUGAGUGUGUCCUGGAAAAAAAACAACAACUUUCUGUUGUGAUGGAGUGCAGCUUCUUUGAUAUCAGUCCGUCACUAGUGCACAGUCGUGUCUCUUUACUUCGGUGUUCGUGCGUCAGUGAGCGUCUGUGUGCGAUAAAUAGCCUAAUCAAAUUGUUGAUAAGUGGAAUAUCUCAACUGUAGGGCUUCCUUUGCAAUAUGCAGCGCAGGUACUAUAAGAAAACAGCUCUCCAAAACUUUUGGGCUAAUAAGGCACCUGUAACAAUUCCUUAGCUUAGGCCAGCUGGCACGCAUCCUGCUCCAGCUUCUUUUAGCUUGAUGACAGAAAAAAGUACUUGUGAGAAAAGAUCUUUGAAAGUGUGUGGUUGGUCCUCAGUAAAAUUAGCAUGUUAUUGAACAUUUGAUUGGGCCUGUCUCUAUGAUGUGCAUAAAAAAAAGCCUAUGAAGUGUGUGGUUCCUAUUCGUAGCUGUUGUUGCCUAGCUGGCGAUAUUGCUGCAUGCUAGUGCUACAUUUGUCUCUACACAACACGUGGAGGGUUAAAUCUCAUGCCUUAACAGACAAUGCACUGAAUAGAAAUAUGUAAGCAACUGCCGAGAUCUCUUUCCAACAGUAUCGCCACUCGUAUGGCACAACGCAGCUCGUGAUGUUCGUCGUCUGUUCAAGUUCCAAACACUGCCAAACUAACAUCAUCACUUUUUCCAACGAAAAGAAAAAGGAAAAAAAAAAGGAAGGAAGAAAGAAAGAAAGGCAGAGACAGAGAGUCAAACUGUUUUGGUGUAGUGGGUGUGUUUCGGUGAUCUAACAUUCCUUCAUGGCACCUAAAUUUUUACGUACGUGUUUUUAUGUGAACACCUAUAUCAAAUGCACUAUUGACUGUAGCUAGAUGAGUACAACCAGCCUUGUGGUAUCAUUGGUCUAAAUAGUAGUAGCUUGGUGUUGGUUUUUGAAAUGUUUGGUUUCACAAGUACACUAUGAUUUCUUUCUUGAUCCCUUAUAUUCAAUUCUUUUCUUAUUUUGUUUUUAAAAUAACAAAAGUAGCCAAUCUUCAUGUGAGCUGGGUGAGGGCUAGAACUUGUCCCAUUGGUGGUUGAUUUCUUGUAUCAUAAGGUGUUUGAUAGGAGACUAGGUUUGGGAGAGAAGGAACCUUUUUGCUCCAGUGUGUCAUAAUGUGCUAUAGCAUACGCCCCAUUUCCCCUUCCCCUUGUUGCAUUAGCAUCACGUGUCCUUCACUGUCCAUAGUUAUAUAUUCCUUAGAUUACUUCGGCUAAUUGUGGUGGUGCUUAAUUCUUCUCUCGGUUGCAAAAAAAGUAAAAUUUUAGUGCCUUGCGAAAGUUGUCGUGCCCUUUGAACCUUUUCACAUUUCCUCACAUUACUACCACAAACUGCGACAAAAUUUUCUGGAAUUUUAUGACAGACCAACAGAUGGUAGUGCGUGACUGGGUAGUGAAGAAAUAAAUUAUACAUGAUUUUCAAAUUCUUUCAAAAAUAAAAACUGAGUGUUGUGUGUGUCUGUUAGGGGUUGGUAUUUAUUGCAUGUUUAAUCAUUCUAGAGACAUUUUUUAACCAUCAUUUUGUCUUGAUAACGGAAAACUCAAAUAAUUGCAAACUCCAAAAACUAAUGGUUUGUUACCUUUUUAUCACCGUUGGUUUCUUGAGAGAAUCCGUAAAAAUCUGUCGAUUUGGAAGUAUGCUAUUAUUGAUACAACCUCCUUAAUUAAUGCCGUAGUGUAAGAAAGUUGUCUGAUAAUAGCUUAGUUUUAUUUUUAAGAGAGAUUUGUAGCAGUUUUCCUAGGAAGUAGCAAACAGUAAGGGUUGUACAAUCUAUCGCCAAAAAAUAAAGGUAAAAUUGAAAAUCAAUAUUUACAUAAUUUUUAUUGGCAUUUUUGUCAAAUUUCACAAAAGACUUUCUGUCCAUAUUGCCUAUCCUAAGUCGAUGUUUUGUUGAACAACUGGGAAUGAAAUUUAUUGUAAUCUUUGUUGUAAAAUAGCUGAAAGCACUCAUAGGAUUCAGCUACAUGUGGACAACCCACUGACUCUCAAUUGGAUUUAGGUUAUGACUUUGACUGGUCCAUUUCAAAACACAAAUAUGCUUUAAUAUAAACAAUUCGGUCCUUUACUCUCAUUGUCCUGCUGGAAGUUAACCUCUUUCCCAGACUUUUACAAACUGUAUUUAGCUCCAUCCAGCUUUUUAUCAACCGGCAUCCCCUCAGCAAAAUGCUGCCGCCAUCAUAUUUCACACUGCUUUUAAAAAAACUCCACAAGUUAAUCAAAGAUGAAUUGUGUGUUCCUUGUUCUUCAUUAGUGUUCUGUAGAAACCUCUGGAUUUGGCUGGAAUUUUAAGGUGUCGAUGUAGUGAAUAAAAGGUCACGUGACAUUUUCUUCUGCCUCACAAUACUACACUACCUUGUGUUGGCCUGUCAAAUAAAAUUCCACAAAAAAAACAUAAAAGUUUGUCAGUUUAAAGUGUAAAAAUCCAUAAAGGUUAAAGGGUAAUAAAUACUUAGCAAGGCAUUUUAAAAGUUGUUGCAACAUUAUCUUGAAAUUUAUUCCUCGUUUCCUCAAUCGUGCUUCUUAAUAGUUGUAGGUCUAGACCUUUCUGUUCGCGACGCGCUCGCAUAUCCUCCGGAACGAAAAAAAAAGAAAAGCAUAUUGAAAAGUAGAUGAUAGCCUUGAGCCUGCAGCCGUUUGUGUUGUGUUUGAAAUAUACUCCUGUUUGUUUUUGUUUAUAUUAGCGUAGAGACACGGGGUCUACAGUACAUUGUUGUCCUUCUUGCAGUAAGUUUAAAAUUUCACUGUUGAAGUUGAUUAUUUCAGAACUCUUCCUGCUUCUCUGGUGGUCAUUGUGGUGUUGUUCAUAGCAUUUUGCGUGGCUGAAUUAAAGGAGUAGUCUGCUUUUUUUCCCCCCCCUACCGUGUACUUAUAUAUCCAUGUAUGCUUCGCAUUGAGGCGAAAGAUGGAUCGUUUCAAGCGUAGAACAGGGUCAUUUUAGUCUGAAAAGCAUGGGUCCGUCUCUCAGUCUGUUUUCACACGUUUUAAAGUCAGAUUCUAUUUUUAUCCAGGCAAGUCACACAAUUCAAAGUAGACUACAAGAAGCACCACUCACACAGUAAUAAACUGCAUUUUGUCCUUCCAGUGCAUAUAAGAGUAAAAUGGUUACAAAUAUGCUAUAUAUAUUUUGAGUAUCCAUCUCCAUGCAGAAAGAGAAUACAUUUUCAGAUAGUUUGAUAAAAUAAAAAAAAAUCCUAACUGCAGCUAGAGUAUUACUGUACUUUGUGGGAUAUAGGGAGUAUACCUAACAAGUGCCUACCAGAACAUGCAGCAACUAUACAGAAUAUUCAUAGUUUUUCUCUCCUGCGUUGCACAAAUACAGCAUAUACGCUAUUAAGAAUAUACUAUUUAUACUAGUACAGCUGAAAACCUAGUGCUUGUGAGUGCAGCAAAUGAGAACCCUUUAAAAAAAAAAAUAAAAAUACCUGAAAUGUUUUAUUCAUAUACAGUAAAAGCUACAUCUGCGAGUUUUUGUUUCCUUCGUGUGUUAUGUCUGUACCAUCUGGAGGAUUUGAAGAUUUAAAACGCAGUCAUGCUCGUUUAAUUAAAUAGUAGUAGGGUUUGAUUUUAGCUCAAAAGCUCAGCUUAGUUAUUUCACUCUUUUGUACGGAAGGUAUUUUUGUUUUCUUCUUCUUCUUCUUCAGUUUACAGUAUUUGCCAUUUGCAAACAAGCCAUAUACUGGAAUGUACUGUACGAGUGGGGAGACCGGGCAAUGGUGUUAUGUGAGCAGCAGGGGGGAGACACGGGAGCUGGACGGAGGAACGUUUACACACCUGCCCGUCACGGCGACAUAAAAUCCAGGUUUAAUCCCUGGAUGUUUCAUAUCUCCCGGUUGGUAAAUAAUGCCAUUUUGCAAGAUUAUAACAGCGUCUACGAGCACAGCAGUCGCUGCUUAAACUCGUACUUUCUUGUUGAUGAAUGUGAUGGUUUGCAGUCUGUUGGAGCUGGAAAGCUGCUUGUAGUCCAUUAGUUGGUUUCAAAGUCCAGAGCUUUGAUAUCAAGGCACCUACACGUGCAAACCAAAGCCCAAUUUCCUCACAGGGAUCCUUUUAGGUUUUAUUGUAACUUGCAGCCUUGUUUAUGUGUAACUGGGAGUUAUAAGGGUCUAGCAAUGAGCAGUGUAGAUAAUUUCUAUAUGUUAAAAAAAUAUAUAAUUUGUAUUGUGUGCUUGAUUGGCACCAUUUUCGAAUUUGGAGACGAGAUGAGAAUUUUAAGGUUUUGGCUUUGGGUAAGCACGUUUCUGCGUGCACCGCAUCCUCUUAACUGGCUCCGAUGAGCAACAUGAAAACAAAACUGAAAGAAAAAUGAAACACAAAUCAAGUUACAAAACUGAGCUUCUGCAAGAUGAAAAGGUUUUGGGAUGGCUUAUUAUUCUGUCCCCUGUGGACUAAUUACCCAGUUUUCUCUCCAACCUUCUCCAACUUGGUUGUCAUGCCAAUUUCCGGAAGGGGUGCACUUUUAAAUUGUAUCAUUAUUCUUAAAUUAGAUGUGAGAAACGGGAACAGAAAAAAAGAAUAAAACAGAUUUAAAAUGAAAACUUUGUAUGAACCAAACUUGUGAUUGCUUCCCUUUUAAAUCUUUAAAUCCUCCACAAUGCAUCUUUUUGAAGUAAAUAGGAGAAAACAGCUAUGAUUAAAGACACGGUUCAUCAUUCUUGAAGUGUUGCAAAUUAAACACAAUAUCACACCUGCAUGAGAUUACUCCUCUAGGUCUUUGUUUAAUAGAAAUCCGGAUUCAUUUUUCCUGAAGUUAAAGCUAACGGCUGGUCAGAGUGGACAGAAUUGUAUUUUAACUCUCUUAAAACUCCAAUUUUAAGAACAUCAGAAUGGUUUAUAAGACCAUUAAUAACACAGGAAUCUGGGCCUGGAGGUGAUGCCCUGACAGUGUCUUCCUAUGUAAACAGAGAUGCAUAAAAUGGAUCUGGUUUGAGUAACUGCCUGCUGUUAAGGUACAUUUUAAAAAAAAUUUUACAUUUUUGGAGGCAUAAGUGAAUGCUAUUUUAUUCCUUUACAUUUUUGUCAGGCAGUUACAGAGAGCUAUAUUUCUUUGUCUCAGCAUAUGUUUUACAAAGGAAGAAGCAUUGCAUCCUCCUCCCAUCUCCCUUAUAAAUAACCAUCGAUUUCUUUGAAAAUAACCCCCCAAUCUGCAAACAUGAUGCCUCUAUGAUAUAUUUGAGCUUUAAGAUAAUAAAAGUCCCCUUUGGUCUUGGCCCUUCUUGGUCCAGCCAUAAAACUCAGCUUCCAGCUCCAGCUAAUCCGGAUUUAUUGUAAAUGAAGGCGCCAACGGAGUCACUGCAGGUUAGAUAUUAACUGUUUGUUGCCAGAGCAUCACUCCAGCACUCUGAACUGUCCAUUUAACAAGAAACACGCGUAGCUUCAUAGCAUAUAGGCAAUGUUAUGUAGGUAGUCCCUGUCAUCUCUCUAACCGUUACUUCUCAGAAACAGUGUCUGUUCAGGUUUUACAGAUAUCCAGAUUCUGUUUUGACUUUAAGCUUUACAAACACAGUGAAACAGCAGAUUAUAAAGUAUAAGACAGCGAUACUAAGCUAUAACUAAAUCUACUUUCUACUCACUAUAUGAACAUGCAGUUCUUAGGCUACCCGUGUUUUCAUCAGACGUCGUCCUUCGAUGACCACGGUGGAUCACCCCUCUCCUUUAGCAGAGCACAAACUCUUUUUUUUUUUUUUAACUCUUCUUUGUCACAGUGAUUUGGGGACUCAGCUGUGUUUUAGCCUCUGAAGACUCGACUCUUAAGGCUUUUCUUUUUUUUUUUUUUUGUCUUUUCAGUCACUGUGGCCUUUUUAUGGCUUAGUUCAGCCGGAUGAGACAAUUAAGUUUUGAAGUGUGCAGCAGCGUAACUAAAAGCAUACAUUCCUGUCUUCAGUCCAGCACAUUCCAACUUCAAGUCUGGCAUUUGUUUCCCACUCUUAAACCACCUGAUAUCAAAUCAGUUAUUUAACGGCAAAUCUGUUCCAUACUCCCAAGAAGAUAGUUUCAAAUAACGCUUGAGUAAAAUUAGCAUUUCCCUUACUUUAAAAAAACAAAAACAAAAAAAAAACCAUCUGAUCCGUUAUUCAAAUUCUUCGUAAGAUCUCAUAACCUCUUAAGCUCAGAGCACAGCUUAUUCUUGUGCGGACUGGUUUUAUAGGCAGCACGCACUGUUCUUUUGCUCUGUUUCUCUUGGAUGUGUGGAUCACGUUUUUAAUCGUGCAGACACACGAGUUUAGAGAAAAGGGGAAAAAAAACAACCCAAAAUACAAAUAGAGAAGUCGAGAUCUUUGACGCUGCUGCUGUCUCAGCCAAUACGCCAGGCUUCGAUUAGAGAUUUCUAGCGCGAUUCUGAAAGUUGCGGUAAUUUGCAAAUUAUUAGGAGAUAGUUAGAAAAAAUAAAUAAAAAUACUGUACAAUUUUCUGUUUUCACAAACCAAAGAAGGGUUAGGAUAACUUCAGUUUUUGAAGAAAUUCCUUUUUUUUUAUGUGAGUAGGGUUCCUGCAAUCAAGCUCGAUUGCUUAAGUUUUCUUUUCUGUUUUCUUAUAGUUUUUCCUCUCUUGGCAGGGUGCUUGUGAAACUGCGUGUACGCUUUGUCACUUGAUUGGUUGUUUAUAGUUUUGUGGAUUAUGUUAAUUGCCUAUCGUAGACCAAAAUAGACUAUCCUUUUUUUGUUGUUGUUUUUUUUAAAAUGAGAAAUGCAACAAAACAUAAAAAUGAAUCCGACACAGUAGCUGUGAUGUAAACUUAUGGCAUGUUGAAACAUGUAUCAGAUUGUAAAUGUUGCAUCGUUGCAAAACGUGAUAUUCAAUUACUGUUGGUUUUCUUCACACACACACACACACACACAUUUUGCAAACUAUUGUACACUUCUUUUCUUCUCCUUCACUUGGGAUUACUUUAGAUUACUUCGUCCGAUUGUUUGUUUUUUUAAUGUGUUUUCUGUGUUUUUGUAAUAGAUUUCUUUUAAUAAGGCUGUCCCUAAAAUACUAAUCUGACAACGUGGAUUAGAAUAGAUUCAACCAUUUAUACUUGAGGUGGACCAAGAUGUUAAUUUUGCACAUAUUUGUAGGUUGUUUAUUUAAGCCAAAAAAAAGAAGAAGUAAUCAUUCACAUCUUUCAAUCUGAGCAGUUCAAAAAAACUCAAAUUUAGUCAAGGUUAAAAAGAAAUCAUCACCUGACAAUAUGUGAACAAAAAAAAAAAAAACUACACUGAAACCAAAUUAAGCGAUGGAUUUAACCAUCACAAUGCAAUCCAAAUAUGUGAUUAGAUACCAUUUUUUUAUAACCAAUUUUUAUAAAAAAAAAAUAAAAUAAAUAACACACAUCGUCUGUGAGAUGAAUGUAAAAACAUUUGGGGAAUUUCGGUAUUUGACCACAGACAAUAAUUCAUCACUGUAAAAGUCUGCUGUAUGCUUCCCUAUCCUGUGGUUUCAAAAUAGGAAAAUUCAAUUACUGUACUUCAUUUCGUGUUGUACUUCUGGGCCGAAGAUUUCAACAACAGCAACAAAAAAAAUAUUUAUAAACCCUAAAUUUCAUGUUCCCAAAUAACAAGAAAAGCUUAAAUUGAUUUUCUUUUCACUUUUUUAUGAGGCUUUUUGCUGCCAUAUCAUGUAUGUAGAUGCUUUUGUAAACAUGCACUUAAGUUAAACUAUGAGAUGUGCAUUGAAAUAUAUGUAUAUUUUGUUUAGGCUCUUUUUUUUUACUUUUUUUUUUUUUUCUAGCGUGAUAUAUCAUUAUUUCCCUACAAAUUAUUUCUCGGAUACAAUUCUGAACUUGGCAGAAGUGGAGCUGUUGUAGUAAAGGUAGUUUAACAUCGAAAACUAAGCAACCCUGAAAUAUAUGCUGCAGUAAUGUGUUUUCACUUUGUCUUUCUUUUUUUUUUUUUUUUUUUUUGGGAUAAUUUAUGCUCCAGGUUGGUUUGUAUUUUAUUAUUAUUAUUAUUAUAUUAUUAUUAUUAUAUUAUUAUUGAUGUUAUGAAACAAGCUUGUUUGAAAUGUGUUGACUGCUGUUUUGAAAUAGGAGAUAAAGUUUUUUUUUUUUGUUUUUUUUUUUUCUCUAAAUGUAUGUUCAAGGACGUUUUUAUAUGAUUUGUCAAACACUGGACUGGAGUGAAUUUUCCAACAUUUCCAAGCUGAGAGAUGUAUUUGACAGACUUAACUGCACAGAUAACACCCGCGAGCGUAGAUUUGAGCCGUCAGACCAAGCUUUUCCUCCCAGCUUCGUGUGUGGGAGCACGAAUGACAUGAUCCUUUAAAAAAAAAAAAAAAACACCAACAAAAAAACCCCAGGAUCAUAAAAGAUGUUGAGUUAGUGCUGGUUAGUUGAUGGGUAUAUAAAAAAAAAAAACAGGAAAUAUGUCCAAAUUGUUGCAUGGUAAAGACUGGUGACUGAUUUUUGUUCUGUUUUUUUUUUUUUUCUGAAAAAAAACAAAAAACGAAGAAAAGAGUGCUCUUUUAGAUUUUCAGAGAAAAACAUGUUAAAGGGACGCCACUUCUCACCCAAGCAGUUUUCACAUUCAUCUGACCGGUUCCCUCUACGGUAAAGCAGAUUGUGAAUCAUCAGACCAAACACCACUUUUCAAACCAGAAAAGAGAUUUGCACUAGACUGAUUUCUUUUGGUCUUCUUCUAACUAAAAGCAAUAUAACGAACUCCACACGUUUGUAACCAUAGCAACCGUACGGUUGUCACUGUCCCUACAGUGCGAAUGCUGAUAUUUGACCAUUUUUCUUUUUCUAUUUGUUGGUACAGAACGUGUCGCCCUUUGAAGUGCACAUCCACAUCUUGUUUGUAGCAGAGUUUUUGCCUUUUUUUCCCCCCUUAAUUAUUACAUUUUUCUUUUUAGUUUUCUUACCUCCCCUUCCCUCCCCGAGUAUUAUUGUCCAGAAUCAAGUGGCAUUAAAACAGUUGUUUCCUCCUGUGAACAAUUUUGGACAAAAUACGCAGCACUUAACACAUAAGAAGCGGGAUUCAGGAUGUCAAAAGGAAAAGAAAGAAUUCAUGAGUCAGUGUCGUUUGUCUGCAUCACACAGCCUGCAAGAGAAACAAACAAACACAAAAAAAGGAAAGAAAAUGCCAAAAGAUAAAACCCAGCUGUACCCACCGUUGUGCACAUUUAAAACACUGGUCACAGAGCUCUCUGCAUAUUUGGUCACUUUGACUGCUAUUUUUACAAAAAUGUAAAAAAUAAAAAUUGCUUUAAUUAAAUAAUUAAAAACCCAAAAAGUGCUUCUGUAAACACACCAUUAUUGGCUUCUCGUCCAGAGAAUCGUUGUCUACCAAACUGCACCACACGUCAUCCUUUCUCAAUGAGGUCAUUGACAGCAGCCACAACUUUUCAGAUAUGGUUUCGUUGACGAAUACAUGUAAAUUUCCUGGAAAAAAAAAAAAAGAAAUCACACAGCAAACUUUGCCAUUUUUUAUUUUAUUUUUUAUUUUAUUUAUUUAUCUGGAUGUAGUGGCUUUCCAGUUUUUUCCUCUGCUUUGUGGUGUUGUUGAAAGAUGUUUGCGGUUUUGUCUAAAUUUGCGUGUUAGAGGAAGCAUAAGUACGUGCCUUUCUUGUAAUCUCCUUGGUGAGUUUGUUUAUUAUUGAAAAGCUGAAGCCAGCCAAUUGUGUUUGCACUACAAACCAAAUUGCUUUUUUUUUUUCUUUUUUUCUUUUUACUUUAUUUGUGAUGUAGACUAUUUAAGCGAGCUUGUUGCGUCACUUUAACCGUACAGUAUGCAUGAGGGUGAAAUUGGUAAAGUCUAGGGCUAGAGCUCUCGUCUGUUGACCUGUAAAACCAGUGCAGCUUAGAGGAUCCUUGUGAAUAUAUCUCGGCUUAGUCUCACGUUUAAGUUUUCACGUCCAUCUCCUUAUACAGCAGUUUAUUUUUAUUUUAAAAUUUUUUUUUCACACUUUCAGCAGUAAAAUUAAACAAAAAAAAAAAAAUCAAAAAAAAAAAGUCAAAUAACAUUUACCACGAAUACAGCUUUUACUUUCACAUGCCACAGUUAGAGUUACAGAACUUCAGCAAGAAAUAUUCUUAUUUUUUAAAAUCCAUGGGAAUGCAUGAGUACACGAGGUCGCCUCAAGACUAUUGGUCAAAUUAAGUUGUUUUUUUUUUUUUGUUGUUGUUUGUUUAUAUUCAGUAAUCUUUAUUCAGUGACAUCAGAAAAGGCUUAUGUGCUUUGUGUCCUACAAUUGCACCUUAAUCAUGUCAGUCCAUUGGGGGAAAAACAGCAACAAAAGAAAAAAAAAAAGGCUGGCAGUGUAAUAUCUCUGAUUUUAGCACCUUACUACACAGCAUGUUUUCACUUUAUGCCAGUUUAGCUAUUCUUCCAUAUGUAUGAUUUUGAAUCUAAACCUAAUUUUUCACAGCUAUAAAUUUUUUUAAGGGAUGUGCCAAAGUUUAGAGGCGAUCUCUCGAGUUGUUAUGCUUGUCAUUUUCUUUUCAUCCUUUAUCGGUUUAAGCAACGGUAUGUCAAAAACUUUCCUAUAACAGUGUGUGGAAUCAAUUUAUCUCAGCAAACAGUAUCAUUACUUGCCAUUUUACAAUAAGCCCUGUAUUUCACAUAUAUUUACCAGUGAUGUGUAUUUGUUAUUAUAAAGAAAAUAGCCGUAAAAGCUUCAUUAUGUUACAUAAUAUUGUGACUUUUUUCGAAAAACUGUGAAGACUUAUCUUGCAUAUACUUUAUAAAGAAGUAUUAAGCCUUAAUACAAAAGACUAAAAAAAGUGUGGAAGAAUAAACUGAUUGUUGCUAAGUAAGGAUGAUUUUUGUAAAUGUUACCAGCACUUUUUUUGUAAUUUUCACUCUCUGAGGUAUUGUACAAGUUCAAGCUGUUUGUGAAGUUUGAUUAUGAAGGAAUAAAAACUAGUACUUUCCUGUACUUCACAGAAA